AUGUCGUCGAGAACAAAAUUCAUUACCGUCUUUUUACUUCUUGCUUCUCUCUUAGGGCACACAGCCAAAUCUGCGCAUAGGUUUAUUAGCACUUCCGAUGCAUGUGAAUCACUCCCUAUUGCUAUAAAAGUUGAAUGUUUGACAAUUACCCUAGCAUUCUGUUUGUUAACUAUUUUCUUUGCAGCUCCUUUGCGCUGUAUAGUAUUGUGCAAGUGGACGACAAAGACCGUGGAUAAUUCUUACCUUUCUUAUAGGAUUAAUUUUCUAAGAAUCAAAGAAUUGAGAGAUACUUACGUUCCCCAUGGUAUUAAAAGCUCUUGA